GGCACAACACGGGCGCUGUCCGCGCGGCCGGAAGAUGCUGCCAUCCAUGCUCUCAAAAUCAACAGCCUCGCCGUCUCCGGCACGCCUCUACCGCCUCCUCCCCGUCUCGUCCCUCCAAACGAACAGCCAUCUCCGGCCUGCACCCAAUGCCGCAUCUCCUCCACCUUCACCUCCUGUCCAAAACCCCGCCUUCCUCUCUCCUUGCCCAUAUCCGUACAACCACAACAACUACGCCACCAUCCUCCGAUCCUGCGUCCUCUCCAGAGCCGUCCGGCCCGGUCGGCAGCUCCACGCGAGGCUCCUCGUGUCGGGACUUGGCCUCGACGCGGUCCUCGCCACCAGGCUUGUCGAUCUCUACGCGUCCUGCGGCCUUGUGUCUGUCGCCCGUCGCUUGUUCGACGAAAUGCCCAACCAGGGGAACGUCUUCCUGUGGAACGUGCUCAUCCGUGCCUAUGCGCGCGACGGGCCACGCGAGGCGGCAAUAGAGCUGUACCGCGAGAUGCUGGCCUGUGGCAGCAUGGAACCAGACAACUUCACGUAUCCGCCGGUUCUCAAGGCGUGUGCUGCACUCCUGGACCUGGGCGCUGGCCGGGAGGUGCACGAUCGUGUCAUGCGCACGAGUUGGGCCGCAGAUGUGUUUGUGUGUGCAGGCCUCAUCGACAUGUAUGCCAAGUGUGGUUGCGUGGACGAGGCUUGGGCGGUGUUUGAUAGCACCACAGUUAGAGACGCUGUGGUGUGGAAUUCAAUGAUUGCAGCAUGUGGGCAAAAUGGGCGACCAGCAGAGGCGCUCGCUCUGUGCCGUAACAUGGCGGCUGAAGGCAUUGCGCCAACAAUCGUCACUCUGGUGAGUGCGAUAUCAGCUGCGGCUGAUGCAGGUGCGCUGCCUAGAGGGAGGGAGCUGCAUGGGUACGGUUGGAGGAGAGGGUUUGGAUCACAGGACAAGCUGAAGACUUCCCUUCUGGACAUGUAUGCCAAGAGUGGUUGGGUUACAGUGGCGCGUGUUCUCUUUGAUCAACUCUUCCACAGGGAGCUUAUUUCUUGGAAUGCCAUGAUCUGCGGAUUUGGGAUGCAUGGCCAUGCUGAUCAUGCAUGUGAGCUGUUUCGAAGAAUGCGGAAUGAGGCUCAAGUGAUGCCUGACCAUAUUACUUUUGUUGGGGUCCUAUCUGCUUGUAACCAUGGAGGAAUGGUACAAGAAGCAAAAGAAGUAUUUGAUCUGAUGGUGACUGUAUAUUCCAUCAAGCCGAUGGUGCAACAUUACACCUGCCUUGUAGAUGUUCUUGGUCACUCUGGUAGGUUCAAGGAAGCUUCUGAUGUUAUUAAAGGAAUGUUGGUGAAGCCAGAUUCAGGGAUAUGGGGUGCACUGCUAAAUGGUUGUAAGAUUCACAAAAAUGUUGAACUAGCUGAACUAGCCCUGCAUAAGUUGAUUGAAUUGGAGCCUGAAGAUGCUGGUAAUUAUGUGCUUCUAUCAAAUAUAUAUGCUCAGUCUGGGAAAUGGGAAGAAGCUGCAAGGGUGAGGAAGCUGAUGACCAAUAGAGGCUUGAAAAAGAUAAUUGCUUGCAGCUGGAUCGAAUUGAAAGGGAAGUCCCAUGGGUUUCUUGUGGGUGAUGCUUCUCAUCCUAGAUCAGAUGAAAUAUAUGAAGAGUUGGAGCGAUUGGAAGGUCUCAUCAGUCAAACUGGCUAUGUGCCUGACACCACGUCAGUUUUCCAUAAUGUGGAAGAUGAUGAAAAGAGGAACAUGGUACGGGGCCACAGCGAGAGGCUGGCCAUUGCAUUUGGACUCAUUAGUACACCCCCUGGGACAAAGCUGCUUGUGACAAAGAAUCUUCGAGUAUGUGAGGACUGCCAUGUUGUCAUCAAGCUGAUUUCGCAGAUUGAGCAGCGUGAAAUUAUCAUAAGAGAUGUUAACCGCUACCAUCACUUUGUAAAUGGUGAAUGCUCAUGCAAAGACCAUUGGUAACUUACACUAGCAAGAGGCUUGUUGAACACUAUCUAUUCCAUGGAAGUUAAAAUGUCACAAUGGUAAUCUUAUGUGAAACACAGACUGUUGAGCCUUGGGAACGCGAACUUCAGUUUUUCUCUAAGGAACAAUAAGUGUCCAGAGAUCACAGAGGCAAUUCGAUUUGAAGAAGGCCAAAUUUCUACUGAUAGGUCAAUUGUUUUCCAUAUGAAACUUGAAGAAUACCUUGCUGAUAUAAAGGAAGGCCACGUUUUUGGUCCUGUUCGUGCAGUGGCCUAUACAAAUUAGUUCCAGACACGUGGGCUACCUCAUUCAUUCACACAUUCUAGUUUGUCAGUGUGCUAUGGAUCGUGAGCCUUCCAUUGCUGACGUUCAUAGAUAUAUCUUUGCCGAAUUACCUGAUCCUAGUGCUGAUCCAUUAGGAUUCUCCCUGGUUCAAGAGUUUAUGAAUACUCCAUAUGGUCCAUGUGGUUCAGCUAAUCUAAAUAGUCCUUGCAUGAGAGAUGGCAAGUGUUCGAAAAGGUAUCCUAAGUCAUUUAUAUCUGAAACAGCUUUUGAUGAAGCUGGCUACCCACUAUACAGCACAGAAAAAAUGGUAUUCUUGCAUAGAAAGGGAAUGUACAGGUAGACAAUCAAUGGGUUGUGCCAAAUAAUCUAUCAAUACUCAAGAAAUACCAGGCACAUAUUAAUGUUGAGGCCUGUAACCAAACCUAUCUGAUCAAGUAUCUAUUCAAAUAUGUUAACAAAGGAUUUGACUGUGCAUAGAAUGAGGUUGAAGAAUCGUCAGUCAUCUGCUUCAGAAUCUACAAAGGGUGACAGUACAGUAGAUCAAGAAAAGACUAGCUCUGAUGGUAUGGAUGAAAUUGCUAAAUAUAUCAAAUCUAGAUAUGUUCUUUUUUUUUUCUUUUCGCGACCGGGUGUGUGCCCGUAUUUCAUUAAGAGGGAAGCAAGUACACAAAUGAGCGCAAAAACUGUUCCGAGGCGAGAGGCCUCACAACAAGACAGAGGAGAGACCUAACCACUACUGAAAGGAGACAAGAAUCUAGAUGUAUGUUUCUUGCUGUGACGCCACCUGGAGGCAGGUUUGAAAUUCAUGGUAAAUUUCCUCCUGUUAUAGUGUAAGAGUAAACUGAUCUGCAGAGUGUUGUCGAUGAUCCAGAGGCAAUUGUAUUGGAGAAAACAAGAAUCUCAUGAAUUUUAAGCAUUUGAAGAAUAUUUUGUAAAAGACAUUAAUGGUCAGACAUAUGCACUGAACACCUGAAGAGUCAAAUAUGACAAUUAUUUUUUACCAGA